AUGGUCGGCGGCGUGAAAAAACCAGUCAACAUCUUCAGGCUCAAAAACUCCGACGAGCCUAAGGAGGUUUACAAUUGGCGACUAUGGUUUGCCGUGGUCUCCUUUGGCUUGAUGGGCGCUGCCCGGGGAGUCGAUGAAGGCCUGAUAACCGGUGCUUUCUCGUCCAAGGACUUUCAAAAAACCAUCAACUAUUCGUCCUACAGCGAAAUUGACCAGACCAAUAUCAAGGCCAACGUUACUGCCAUGGUGCAGAUUGGCUCUGUUGCCGGAGCGCUUUUCGCAUUCUUCAUUUGUGACCGCAUUGGUCGUGUCUGGGCCACGCGCCAGCUGUGUCUGCUCUGGAUCGUUGGAAUAGCCAUUUUCAUGGGCAAUAAUGGUAGUCUCGGAGCUGUUUAUGCCGGGCGUUUCAUCGCCGGUCUUGGAGUCGGCCAAACCCCUGUCGUAGCACCUGUGUACCUGGCUGAAAUCGCGCCUGCUUCAAUCAGAGGUCUUUGCACUUGUAUCUUCACCGGCUGUGUCUAUGUCGGUAUCGUUUUAGCCUAUUUUGCAAACUACGGCGCUCAAGUCAAUCUGGGCGACACAAGUCACAUUCGCUGGCAAGUACCGACUAGCUUGCACAUCAUGUUCGCCGGAAUCAUCCUCCUUCUGUCCUUUGCCCAAUACGAAUCUCCCCGAUACUACAUCCGAAGUGGCCAAGACGAAAAGGCACUGAACGUGAUGUCUAGAAUCAGGAACCUCCCACCGGACCACCCGUACGUUGUUCGAGAAAUCACGGAAAUCCAGGCCGCUCACCAGGAGGAACUGGAGGCCACCAUGGGGUCUGGGUUCUGGGGAAUCCUCAAGGAAAUGUUCUUGAUCAAAAGCAACCAGUAUCGGAUGUAUCUGGCGGUCACGAAUCAGUUGAUCUCGCAAUGGUCUGGCGCCAACUCCAUCACUAUCUACGCUGUCAACCUUUUCCAGCUGUUGGGUGUCACUGGAAACAACGAAAGCUUGUUGGUAACGGGAGUCUUUGGCAUCGUCAAACUAAUUGCUGCCAUCGUCUGUGCCCUGUUCCUGAUUGAUUUCAUUGGCCGCAAGCGCUCUCUGCUAAUAGGAGCCGGCCUGCAAGGAAUCGCAAUGAUUUACAUUGCUUCAUUCCUCAGCGCCGUACCGAAGCUCGGUGUCGACGACGACUAUGUGCUACCUGAUUCCAUGCACGGCCCCAGUCGAGGUGCCAUUGCUAUGAUGUACAUUUGCGGCUUCGGAUGGGCUCUCGGCUGGAACUCGAUGCAAUACUUGCUCACGGCCGAGCUAUUCCCCCUGCGUAUUCGUGCUCUGGCAACCUCGAUUUCCAUGACGCUGCAUUUCGCGAACCAGUAUGGAAAUACACGUGCUGUACCCAACAUGCUGCUCGGAACUUCCAAAGGCGGAAUGUCGCCGUUGGGUACCUUUUGGUUCUUUUCCGCCGUUACCUUGCUCGGUGUUGCAUGGGGAUGGUUCUUCGUGCCUGAGACGGCCGGUAGAUCCUUGGAGAGUAUGAAUCGAUUGUUUGAUUUGCCGUGGUAUAAGAUUGGUCGCUAUGGCAGUGAACACGCCGAGCAGCAAGAUACCGUCUUGGAUGAGAAGCAGCAGCAGAUGGAAGCACAUAAUGCGGAGCAUGUUGAGCAGGUUAGGGACAACACAACGAAAGUUUGA